AUGCUGGAGUAUUGCAGGGGGCGGCGCAUGGUAACGGGGGAGACGAAGCUGAAGAAGUUCUGCUGCACAGUACCGCAAGGACAGGUACGCAGGCUGGAUUAUGGAGAGCAGAACCAAGCCUCCGAGGAGAGCCCAGAGGAUAGCAGCAUUCCAGUUCAUGAUGCCCCACAGCAACAGGAGGAACAGAGACAGAGGGACCGGGAGAGCCGGGACCAGGAGAGCCAGGACCAGGAGAGCCAGGACCAGGAGAGCCAGGACCCGGAGAGCCAGGACCCGGAGAGCCAGGACCAGGAGAGCCAGGACCAGGAGAGCCAGGACCAGGAGAGCCAGGAUUUUUUACCCUGGGAACUCCCCUCACUCCCACUGUCAAACCCAAGCACCGAACCCUGGGGGACCGAGCUUUCGCCAUCUCUGCUCCCACUCUCUGGAACUCUCUCCUACCUCACCUCUGGAACUCUCUCCUACCUCACCUCUGGAACUCUCUCCUACCUCACCUCUGGAACUCUCUCCUACCUCACCUCUGGAACUCUCUCCCCCCUCACCUCUGGAACUCUCUCCUCCCUCACCUCUGGAACUCUCUCCUCCCUCACCUCUGGAACACUCUCUCCCCCCUCACCUCUGGAACUCUCCCCCCUCACCUCUGGAACACUCUCCUCCCUCACCUCUGGAACUCUCUCCCCCCUCACCUCUGGAACUCUCUCCCCCUCACCUCUGGAACUCUCUCCCCCUCACCUCUGGAACUCUCUCCCCCCUCACCUCUGGAACUCUCUCCUCCCUCACCUCUGGAACUCUCUCCUCCCUCACCUCUGGAACUCUCCCCCCUCACCUCUGGAACACUCUCCUCCCUCACCUCUGGAACUCUCUCCCCCUCACCUCUGGAACUCUCUCCUCCCUCACCUCUGGAACUCUCUCCUCCCUCACCUCUGGAACACUCUCCCCCCUCACCUCUGGAACUCUCCCCCCUCACCUCUGGAACUCACUCUCCCCCCUCACCUCUGGAACUCUCCCCCCUCACCUCUGGAACUCUCUCCCCCUCACCUCUGGAACACUCUCCCCCCUCACCUCUGGAACUCUCUCCCCCUCACCUCUGGAACACUCUCCUCCCUCACCUCUGGAACUCUCUCCCCCCUCACCUCUGGAACUCUCCCCCUCACCUCUGGAACUCUCCCCCCUCACCUCUGGAACACUCUCCCCCCUCACCUCUGGAACUCUCUCCCCCCUCACCUCUGGAACUCUCUCCCCCUCACCUCUGGAACUCUCUCCCCCUCACCUCUGGAACACUCUCCUCCCUCACCUCUGGAACUCUCUCCCCCCUCACCUCUGGAACUCUCUCCCCCCUCACCUCUGGAACACUCUCCUCCCUCACCUCUGGAACUCUCUCCUCCCUCACCUCUGGAACACUCUCCCCCCUCACCUCUGGAACUCUCUCCCCCUCACCUCUGGAACUCUCUCCCCCUCACCUCUGGAACACUCUCCUCCCUCACCUCUGGAACUCUCUCCCCCCUCACCUCUGGAACUCUCUCCCCCCUCACCUCUGGAACACUCCCUCCCUCACCUCUGGAACUCUCUCCUACCUCACCUCUGGAACUCUCCCCCCUCACCUCUGGAACACUCUCCUCCCUCACCUCUGGAACUCUCUCCCCCCUCACCUCUGGAACUCUCUCCUACCUCACCUCUGGAACUCUCUCCUCCCUCACCUCUGGAACUCUCUCCCCCCUCACCUCUGGAACUCUCUCCUACCUCACCUCUGGAACUCUCCCCCCUCACCUCUGGAACUCUCCCCCCUCACCUCUGGAACACUCUCCCCCCUCACCUCUGGAACACUCUCCCCCCCCCCCCUCACCUCUGGAACACUCUCCCCCUCACCUCUGGAACACUCUCCCCCCUCACCUCUGGAACUCUCUCCCCCCCUCACCUCUGGAACACUCUCCCCCUCCCUCACCUCUGGAACUCUCCCCCCUCACCUCUGGAACUCUCUCUCCCCCCCCUCUGGAACACUCUCCCCCCUCACCUCUGGAACACUCUCCCCCCUCACCUCUGGAACUCUCUCCCCCCCUCACCUCUGGAACACUCUCCUCCCUCACCUCUGGAACUCUCUCCCCCUCACCUCUGGAACUCUCUCCCCCCUCACCUCUGGAACUCUCUCCCCCCUCACCUCUGGAACACUCUCCCCCCUCACCUCUGGAACUCUCUCCCCCUCACCUCUGGAACUCUCUCCCCCCUCACCUCUGGAACACUCUCCUCCCUCACCUCUGGAACUCUCUCCCCCCUCACCUCUGGAACUCUCUCCCCCUCACCUCUGGAACACUCUCUCCCCCUCACCUCUGGAACUCUCUCCCCCCUCACCUCUGGAACACUCUCCCCCUCACCUCUGGAACACUCUCCCCCUCACCUCUGGAACACUCUCCCCCCUCACCUCUGGAACUCUCUCCCCCUCACCUCUGGAACUCUCUCCCCUCACCUCUGGACCUCUGGAACACUCUCCUCCUCUCCCCCCUCACCUCUGGAACUCUCUCCCCCUCACCUCUGGAACUCUCUCCCCCCUCACCUCUGGAACACUCUCCCCCCUCACCUCUGGAACUCUCUCCCCCCUCACCUCUGGAACUCUCUCCCCCUCACUCUGGAACUCUCUCCCCCCUCACCUCUGGAACUCUCUCCCCCUCACCUCUGGAACACUCUCCCCCUCACCUCUGGAACUCUCUCCCCCCUCACCUCUGGAACUCUCUCCCCCUCACCUCUGGAACUCUCCCCCCUCACGGACUCACUAAACUCCUCCAAAAAACAGUCACCUCUGUCAAAUUAACCCACCAAAGUGAUUAA